AACGGAAAUCAUCAGAAAGCAUCCAACAUAUGGUACCGUAAGCAAGAUAAGAGGUAGUAUUUCUCCUAAGUCGAUUCUUUUAGAUAGAAGAGAAAGUAAAAGAGUGUAGCAAUCCAACUGGGAAUUUUGGAUACAAGUUAAAAAUCAUGUCGCAUCAAACGGGUAUAAAAGCAAACGAUGCUUUGAAAAAAAUUUUUUCUAAAUGCAGAGAUGGAAAAAUACGUGUAUUAAAGGUGUCUAUAGAAAACGAAGAAUUAGUUCCUGCAACUUUUAAUAAGCCUGCAAAUAAAUGGCAUGAUGAUUACGAUAAAAUGAUUAAACCUUUAAUUCUUGAAAAUCAACCUGCAUAUAUUCUUUAUCGGCUUGAUACAAAAUCUACAGAUUCUGGUUAUGAUUGGUUGUUUAUAUCUUGGUCACCUGACACAGCUCCAGUAAGACAAAAAAUGUUAUAUGCAUCCACAAAAGCUACUUUGAAACAAGAAUUUGGUACCUCAUGUAUUAAAGAAGAAUUACAUGGAACUGUUCCUGAAGACAUUACAUUAGAAGGUUAUCAUAAACAUAAAAAAAAUAAUGCAGCUCCAGCACCUUUAACUACAGCAGAAGAAGAAUUAGCAGAAUUGAAAAAGACUACUAUUAAUACUGACUACAGCGUUGAAACAAGGCAUCAAACAUUAAGUGGUGUUGCAUUUCCUGUUACGGAUGAAGCUAAAAAAAUAAUUACAGAAUUUGGUAAAGGCAUGUAUGAAUAUGUUCAAUUAAAAAUUGAUAUAGAAGAAGAAAAAAUCCAUUUAGUCACAGCUUGUGAUGUUUCAUUGGAUAAAUUACCUACCAAAGUUCCAUCUGAUUCAGCUAGAUACCAUCUUUAUAAUUUCAAACAUACAAAUGAAGGAGAUUAUAUGGAAUGCAUAGUCUUCAUAUAUAGUAUGCCAGGAUAUAGUUGCAGUAUCAAAGAAAGGAUGUUGUAUUCUUCCUGUAAAGCUCCACUUCUUGACCUUAUUCAAUCUCUAGGGGUGAAUAUAACAAAAAAGUUGGAAGUAAAUAGUGGCGAGGAGUUGGCAGAUAUGUUGGAAGAUCCUCCAACUAUAAAAGAAACAACUACAAUAACACCUGCAACUCCAUCAACACCUUGUGCGCCUACUCAAUCGAUGCCAGAGAAAAAGUCAAAGCAGAAGAGAUCGUGUGUCUUAAGUUAACUGAUUUAUAGGGCCUUUUGCUUGCCAAUUGUUUAUAUGCUUUACAUAACCAGAAAUGAUUGUGAUGCUCGGGGCAUAAUAGUUUCGUUUAUAAAUUCUGAAUUUGUGAUAGCAUAACAUUGACGUUGAAUACAUUAUUAAAAUUAUAUACUAUAAUACAAAUUCAGUAUGUCAUAGUGAAUUAUAAGAUCAUAUAUAUUCUACAUAUUUGGAGAAGUUUUAUGAUUUAAUGGUGUUUAUCAACGUUUAAUAUUACUUGAUCAUCGUGAUAUAUAUAAUUAUAUAAGAAAACAGAGUAGACUAAGCUGUGUAUUUUUCUAAAUUUUAAAAGGAUAUUAUUGUAUCAAUACUCGUCAAAAUUAUAUAAUAAGUAUGACCACUCCAGUGAUGGGAGUGAUGGGAGUGAAUUAUUUUUAAUUCACAAUGGAGACUUUUAAAUGGAUGAAAUUUUUUUAAAUGAAGUAAGAGCAAUGUUUUUAGAUGAAAUGAAAAAUGAAAAUGAUGUGAUGAUAAAAACAUGUAUAUAUAUAUUAUAUUGAAAUAUGAAUAGUAUCAGAGUAUGAUGGCUUAGUAGUUCUCAUUUUAGCAGAACUUUUAAAACUUAUCUAUCGUAAAAAAUUUAAAUAAUAUUUAAGAAAUAUUUAGAUUGCAUAAUUAUUAUUUUGCUCUUGUUAAACAUGUACAAUACUAUACAUUAAUAUCCCAUCACUAGGAGAAUCAAUGAUGAAAAAUUUCAUAACGUAAAAUUCUUGUUGACUUAUGAAAGGUGUAUGAAUUAUCAUUCAUUUAAUAUUACAUUAUAUAUUUAAAUAUGACUGCUUAAUGUGGUUUAAUGUUGUUGAAAGUUAAGCCUUCAAUGAAAUAUUCAAAUAUUCAAUAAUUAAUAUUAAAAUUUAAACACUUUAAGAUUUAAUAAAGUAUAAUUGUUUUAUGAAACAAAAAUUGCAAUGCAAUAUCAAAGAUAUUGGUAUAAGAUAUUAAUUUAAUGCAAUAAGAUUUUGCACUUUAUAGUUCCUUUAAUAGUGAUUUUAUUUUUAUGUUCUAUAUACUGUAUACAUUAUUAUUACAUAUUCCUAGAAAAUGUGGAAUUCUAACACAUCAAGUCUUGAUUUGUUCCUAGUCCUAAAAAUGGUGAUACGAGUGUGUGUAUGUCUGUAUAUAUGUAUACAUACAUACAUACAUACAUACAGAUAUAUAAAUCUUUAUUAUUAUAAAUUUAAUUUUUAUGAAUGGAAUUUUAAGGCUUGGCUUUCAAAUUCAUUAAAACUUUCAUAUAGGUCUUAGUAAAAUAUGUUAUCAUGAUUUUUGUAAAUGUUUUUGGUAAUCUAUAUAUCAUAUAUGAUUAUAAGAGAGUUAGAGAGUAAAUUCCAAUUGCUCUUGUUAGCAGAUGCUGCUCAUCUAAUUUCUCUGUGUCUUUUGAGCAUAAUAAUAGUAAAGUGACAGCUUCAUAAAUCAAUAAUGACAUAUACUGUGAAUACAAUUUCUUUACAAAUGAUCACAUACAAUGUUAGUAUACAUUAUACGCUCUACUAUUUCUAAACGACACAGAAUAUUAAAUUCCAUAAAUACAUGUAAUUAAUAAGACUGAUAUUAGCAUGUCCCACCAGCUGUGUUGCUGAAAUUAAUGUUAACUAUUAUUUUUCCAAUUUUGUUUUUAAGUCAAGUAUACAUAUAUUGCCUAUUUAGGCAUUCAAUUCAAUUCUGAUAGUCAUAGAUCUGUUAUAAACAUAAAACGUACAAACUGCAAUUAUGCAUCUAUAUAAUAAAGUAUGCACAAUGUAUUCUUAUUAUCUAAACUACAACAAAUUUGAAUAAAGCACAUAUAAUAUUUUUUUGUAUCCAUUUUGUAGAAUUAGUUUUAUAAAAAUAAAAUGGAUACAUGAUUCUUUUUUAUAUAUAUCAAUGUAACAUGAGCCUAUCAUUAAUACUUGCUAUAAAUCUGCAAUGAUUACAAUUUUUAUUUAGCAUAUGUAUAUGCUAAUAAAUAUUUUGUUAUUUAACUCCAAGACGAGUAAAUUGGUAUUUUAUAUUAUAUUAGUAUUUAGUCAAAUAUAUAAAAAUUUGAUAUAUACUAUAUUUUUAGGAAUCUCCAAAUGUUAUAAAUACAUAAUGUACAGCUGGUGUGACUGUAAUUUCAUAGGCAGCUACAAAAUAUUCAAGAGUCAUUCUAUUUUUUGUGAUCUGUAUUUUUUUAUCUCUUGUAGCUUUUUAUAAACAUCUUAACAAUUUUCGUCCAAGGUAUAAGUAAAUGGCUACAACAAUUUGGCCAAAUUUUCGUGUUCAUAGUUAAAUGAGUGAGUCAAAUUCUUCAAUUUUCCUUUUGUUUUAGUGAUAUUACAGUAAUAUAAAAAAUUUCACAGCAUAUUUAAAUUAUAUAGAAAAGAUAACAGGAAAAAUUUAUUGUACAUAUGUUAAUUUCUUAAAUAUAAUACAAUUGAUAUUUAUUGAAAAAUAAAAAUUGGAUUUAAAUCAUAAUUAUAUAAAAUAAAUAAUAAUCAUAUGCUGUGCCAUUUGCAUUCCAGAGGAUAUUAAAAAAGAGUUUGGCUCAUAUUUUAAUUUUACAAAAUUUAUAACUAGUAAAUCAAUAUUUGUAUAAACCUCUGAACAGGUGAUAUGUAUAUUUUAUUUUAGAUCUUUAUACAAUGCGCACUUUUGCCUGGAUAUAUAAUUUUAUCGAUAUUACUAUAUACCAGGCCUAUUCUGUAAGUUUUUAAUAUUAUUAUUUUUUAAUUAUUUCACACAUUAUAUCUAUAGGUUCUUCAUGAUAAAAUAGACUAUAUAUCUUGCCAAUAUUACAUAUGGUAUAGAAAUAAAGUAACAUGCAAUAUAAA